AUGAGUCUUGAUGAUCAAUUUCAAUAUAUUUGUAAUUGUUCAUCUUCCAUUACUUUUGGUCGUUAUUGUGAAUAUUCGUUUCAAGAAGGUAUCGAUACAAUAGAAGGCCUCUUCAAAUCGUCCAGUGAUGGAAAGAAAAAGUCGUAUCCAGUGGAACGUUUGUUACCAUGUUAUGAGCUGAUCAACAACAAAGAACGAUGCAUCGAUUAUCGAGAUAUCUGCGAUGAGGAAUGGGAUACGGAGAAUGGUGAAGAUGAACUUCAUUGUGAACGCAUUGAAAUAAACAUCUGUGCUGAUCAUGAAUUUCGAUGUCGUACUGGUCUAUGUAUUGAUCGUGAAUUUUUAUUCGAUGGUCAAGCUGAUUGUCCUGAUCUAAGCGAUGAACAACGAAAUCUUCUCUAUGAAAGAUCAGGAGAAUGUAUCUCUAAACAUCGCCUCUUUGACGGAUUUCCUGAUUGUAUCGAUUCGUCCGAUGAAGAGGAUUUGCAAGCAUUUCAUUCAUUGUCACCAUCAUUUUUGAAAGAUCGAUAUUAUUGCUCGAUCAACGGUGUCAGAUCGUCAGCAAUCAUGCGCUAUUUUCUCGGAGAUGGACGGAGUCAGUGUCCUAAUGGAACGGACGAGAUGAGUCUUUCUGUGAAUUGGCAACAGAACAAAUGUCUGCAACCUGAAGAUUUAGCCUGUUCUCUUUUACGCGAUUUAUAUGAUACGGAUAACGAAAAACAGUCGACAUAUAUUUUACCAUUUGCAAGUUUAUGUGAUUCGAUUUGGGAUUUAAGAAACGGUUCCGAUGAGACAGAUUGCGAAGAAUGGAUAUGUGAAGACGGUUGGAUCAAACAAUACACAAAGCAGAGUCGAUGGAGUGGAAAUUGCAUCAAUCUAGAAUGGAAGUGUAAUCAUGCCUGGGAUUAUGCAGAUGGAAGUGAUGAAUAUCAUUGUAAUGAAACGGACAAAUAUCCUGUGCCAGAAUGUCUUCUGUUGACUACAGGUCAGCGGAUUCGAUUGAAUGAAAGUAAUGAGAUUGCUGGAAAUGGAAAGGUUGAAUGUUCUGGUGGAAUUGACGAGCGUGUGACAUUUGCUUGUGCUGAAGGCUUUCCGUUGAAUGAACGAUUUUUGUGCAACGAUCAAGCGAAAUGUCUUCCUCCAAAACUUCUCUGUGAUCAUGUUCCUGACUGUUCAGAUGGUGAGGAUGAGUCCGAAUUUUGGUGUGGAGCAGAUUUUCCCUCGAUGACAAAUACUUGUGCUGCUCGUACUUUUGCUUGUCAGGAACGAAAUGAUUCUGGUCCGUGUAUUCCGAACGACAAUCGAUGUAAUGCUGGAAAAAUUCAUUUGGCCAGUGAUAAUCGUCGUGAUCAUUUUUAUCUUAAACGGAACGGAAGUGAUGUUUCAUCGUCUUAUUAG